CCUGCUUCGUUGACUUUGAAUAUAUAUAUAUAUAAAGCAAGGCGAUGCAUUACCAGAAAGAAGAGAAGCCAUAUAUAUUCAUUCAAUUAGAUAUAUAUAAAGAUAAAUAUGGUUGCAGUUGCAGGUAUUGGCGUUUGAGUUUCAACUGGUCAUAUAUAGAUCAAGUCAACGAAGCCUUAAUGGCCGCCUCCUCCAAGCUUCAUGCCUUGUGGAACCAUCCCGCCGGCCCCAAAACCAUUCACUUCUGGGCUCCAACGUUCAAAUGGGGUUUAACAAUAGCAAACGUUGCUGAUUUUACUAAGCCACAUGAAACCAUCUCAUACCCUCAACAAAUAGCUCUGGCUACUUCUGGACUCAUGUGGGCUCGCUACAGUACCAUAGUUACGCCGAAAAAUUGGAACCUAUUCGGUGUGAGCUUGGGAAUGUCAGCUACAGGAAUAUAUCAACUUGCCCGCAGGGCUCGGCACGACUACUACUCUGAGAAGAAUACAACUAAAGCAGAGGAAAUAAUGCCUACCUAGCUUGCCAAUAUAUAUAUAAGAGUUCACUUUUUAAUACUAACAAUGAGUACACCUUGACUUUAUAAUUACAUGCUUACAUUACAUUGCUUCAGUAAUAAUUACGGCUAUAUUGUUGUAAGAAACCAAAAAGAUACUCCUAUGUUAUUAUGUGUUAGUUGUACAAUGUAUCACCCAAUUGCAUUUGGUUUUUGCUUCUACAAAGAAAUUUGUCUAAACCUUCAA